UGAUCACCAGUCUGAGUUAAGGCCUUUGGUAUAUAAACAUCGUGAACUUGUCCUUAACAUCGAAUGAGUGCUAGUUAUUCUUCUGACUGUUCGACAAGACAGCACUCGCGAGUUCAGCGAGUCUACCAGGUUCACAGCCAUUUAAUUGUAAUUUGUGGGUCAUAUUUGCUCCUGCGCUAUGCACGACGGCCGCUGACAUGUCUUUCUUUUCUGAUAAUAACCACCAAUCGAUCCCCAGUUAUUUCUCAGGAAUCGCAUCGACCUGCUAGACCUGCAGAUAUGCCUCUUGAUCGUGGCCCAUCGCCUUUUACCCCCUCCUAUAGACGUUUCGAAGCCAUGUCUCCCCUUGACAGCGAAGUUCAUCCAGUCUUCCAUGGCGGGAGAGUAGCAGUGAUCACUGGCGCUGCGAGCGGUAUCGGUAAAGCUGCUGCCGUUGAAUUGGCAAAGCUCGGUCUGAAGAUUGCUAUGGCGGAUAUUGCGGAAGAUGACUUGGCUUUGACUGCCAAAGAGGUUAUUGCCAUCGCUGGAGAGGCUAAUGUCCUCGUUAUUCCGACCGACGUGUCGAACAUCGACGACGUCGUGCGCUUGCGCGACAAGGUCUAUGAGGCGUGGGGCGAGGUUGCAGUUCUCCUCAACAACGCCGCAAUAGGUCCCGACAGCAAAUCCUGGAAGAUGCUGGACAACUGGAAGAAGACUUUUGACGUCAAUCUUUUCGGGGUGGUCAAUGUGCAGCAAACCUUUGUGCCGUCCAUGUUGCACCAGGAGAACCAAGCUGUCGUCAUCAACACUGGAUCCAAACAAGGAAUCACUAACCCACCUGGUAAUCCAGCAUACAACGCCACGAAGGCUGCAGUGAAGAGCCUGACGGAAGGACUCGCACAUGAGCUUCGCGAAAGUCCAGCGUGCAACGUCACUGCGCAUCUCUUCAUCCCCGGGUGGACCUUCACAGGUCUGACCGCCCGCAACGGUGGAGUGAAACCCGCCGGCGCCUGGACGGCCGAAGAGACAGUUCUCUUCAUGCUCGACCACGUUCGUGCUGGCGAGUUCUACAUCGUCUGCCCUGACAACGAGUCUCGCCGCCAACUUGAUCAGUUACGCAUCAUGUGGGCUGCGGCGGAUGUUGCUGAGGGCAGGCCUGCACUGAGUCGUUGGCACAAGGACUGGAAGUCCAUCUUCGAAGAAUACGUCCGUGACGGGCUGGCCAACAUGGAGUGAGAGACGCAAGAAUAAAUUAUACCGAUCAUGUCAGGAGGAAUGCGGAAGAAAAAGACGCGUUCAAAGUGUUUGUUGUUCUCGUUGCUAUCGCUUGGACUAUGUGUAAUUGUUGUUCCUAUAUAUAAGUAAAUGAUAACAACUUUUUCUUCGGGUUUA